UAUUAUUAUGAUGAUAAGUACCACACUGUCCUGCAUUUGUGGCCAUUGCAUUGUAUUGGGAGACGUGGCAAAUUGAGCAGCUAACGUUAGCUGCUAGCUAACGCAAGUCUCCAUUUGGUCUCCCUCCAACUGUGCUAAGCUAGCUAGUUAGCUCACGUUAACUAUUCUAUUCAUGUCUACAAAGUCACGUUCUUGACAUUGAGAUUACAGCAUUUCUUUCAAAGACUCGUUUUGAUCAGAGAUAUACUGUGUUUGAUAGAAUCUUAUGGACCACAGAGUGGUGGGCAACCAAUGUCUCCACCCCGGCUCACCGGCGCCCUGCGCUCCUUCUCUACUGUCAGCAAGCAGGAAGACUUCACUGAAGAAGUAUAUGAUCUGAAGACCAAGCGUCUGAAGAGGCAGGAGCUGUUCUCCAGAGAGGGCCUGACAUGGCAGAAGAUAGUCCAGUUCUUCACUCAGCACCUGGAGAAGGCAGAGCAGCAGGCUGCAGCACAGGAGCUGAAGAGCAUCCUACAGGCUGCCAAGCAGAUAGUGGGGACAGAGCAUGGCCAGGACACCAUUGAGAGUGCUGCUGUCUUCCUAUUUGAGACGUUCCACAACAAGGACCAUGUGGGUCACGAGGAGACGAGGGCCAUCAAGCAGAUGUUUGGGCCCUUCCCCUCCUCGGCAGCCGACGCCUCCUGUGCUGCUGUGUCCCGGGCUGUGGCCCCUCUGGGAGAGUCCCAGGUGGAGGAGUUUGUUCGUUCCCAGAGCUCCUGUCGCGCCCCUCAGCGCGGCUCGGCCUUCGGACGCAACAUCACCUUCUCCUAUGACUGCUACACCCUGGACCCCCAGGAGGCCCUGCCCUGGGCGGGGGACCCUGAAGACGAGACCCCUGGUGGAGGCCUGGACUUCCACAGCUUCCUCAACAACCACCAAGGUCGCAGGGGUAAUGGGGGAGAGGCGGAUGGAGGCAGGCUAAGCCCGGGAGGGGCUCAGAGCCCUGGGGAUGGGACCAUCCUGAGGGGGGAGGUGGAGAAGUUCCUGAACGGAGGCAACAUGAUCUCCUCCAGCCCUGAGGAACUGUGCACCUCCCUGUUUGAGAUGCUGGCCUCCACCAAGAGUGACGACGAGCUGCAGAAUGAGCUGUUUGAGCUGCUGGGCCCAGAGGGAUUUGAGAUAUUGAUCUCGUUCUCCUCCAGAGAAGUCUUCCAUCGUGGAUUCUCCCUCUCCAUCCCUGCAGACAGGAUCAACUACCCACCAGAUGGUAGCCGUAAAGGAAGUGGAGGAGAGGGGAGCAGCAAGCCCACGUACGGCUGUCAGGUGACCAUCCAGUCAGGGAAGGAGAAAGAGAUGAUGAAGAUGCACCGGAGGGAGGAGAAGAGGGAGAGGAAGAGGGGGGAGAGACGUUGGGAUGACACAGAAUCCUCUUCCGACCUCUACUUUGACCCCAAGGAGAUGAGAGCUCAGAGAGAGCAGGCCCUGCUGACAGCACGGCGGUCUCCAGUGCUGAGCAGAGAGAGGGUGUACGAACGCAUCCGCUACCCCAACGUCUAUGACUGCUACGCCGAGGCCACCAAGACCUCCGCCUUCGUAGGGGGAGCCAAGCUGAUGUUACCAGAGGGGAUAAAGAGAGAGAAUAAUAAGAUGUAUGAAGAGGUGGAGAUUCCUCCUAGUGAUCCCAUGCCCAUCGGCUUUGAGGAGAAACCCAUCUACAUCUCUGAACUGGACGAGAUUGGUCAGUUGGUGUUUAAGGGGAUGCAGCGUCUGAACAGGAUCCAGUCCAUAGUGUUUGAGACAGCCUACAAAACCAAUGAGAACCUGCUCAUCUGUGCCACCACUGGGGCCGGCAAGACCAACAUCGCCAUGCUGACAGUCCUCCAUGAGAUCAGACAGCACCUCCAACCUGGAGGGGUCAUCAAGAAGGAUGAGUUCAAGAUAGUGUAUGUAGCUCCUAUGAAGGCCCUGGCAGCAGAGAUGACUAACUACUUCAGUAAGCGGUUGGAGCCACUGGGCAUUGCUGUCAAAGAGCUCACUGGAGACAUGCAGCUAACCAAAGGGGAGAUCCUGCGUACACAGAUGCUGGUGACCACCCCUGAGAAGUGGGACGUGGUGACCAGGAAGAGCGUUGGGGACGUGGCCCUGUCCCAGAUUGUAAAGCUCCUCAUUCUGGACGAGGUGCAUCUGCUACACGAGGACAGAGGACCAGUUCUGGAGAGCCUGGUGGCCAGGACACUACGACAGGUUAGUACCUCUCUGUCUCAGCAUAAACUGACCUGUGUCUGUAUUCUCUGCGUCUUCCAGGUGAUGGUGUUUGUCCAUGCUCGUAAUGCCACGGUGAGGACAUCCAUGGGGCUGAUCGAGAUGGCUAAGAACCGUGGAGAGUCUUCCUUCUUCCAGCCAGACCAUGGACCGGACUACGGCCAGUGUGAGAAAUCAAUCCAGCGUUCCAGGAACAAGCAGAUGAAGGAGAUGUUCCCAGAUGGUUUUGGGAUCCACCACGCUGGGAUGCUGCGUGCUGACCGGAGCCUGAUGGAGAGCAUGUUCUCCAGGGGUUACCUCAAGGUUCUGUGCUGUACUGCCACACUGGCCUGGGGAGUCAACCUGCCUGCACACGCUGUCAUCAUCAAGGGCACCCAAAUCUACGAUGCUAAGCGUGGUACCCUGGUGGACCUGGGCAUCCUGGAUGUGAUGCAGAUCUUCGGGCGUGCCGGGCGGCCCCAGUUCGACAAGUACGGCGAGGGCACCAUCAUCACGGCACAUGACAAGCUGAGCCACUACCUCACCCUGCUCACCCAGCAGAACCCCAUAGAGAGCCAGUUCCUAGAGACCAUGGCUGACAACCUCAACGCUGAGGUAUCACUAGGGACUGUGACUAACGUGGAGGAAGCAGUGAGGUGGCUGAGUUACACCUACCUGUACAUCCGCAUGAGAGCCAACCCUCUGGCCUACGGGAUCAACCACAAGGCCUACCAGAUGGACCCAGGUCUGGAGCUGUAUCGUAAGGAACUGGUGGUGAUGGCAGCCAGGAAGCUGGACAAGGCCAGGAUGAUCCGCUUCGAGGAGAGGACAGGAUACUUCGCCUCCACUGACCUGGGCAGAACCGCCAGUCACUUCUACAUCAAAUACAACACCAUGGAGACGUUCAACGAGCUGUUCAACUCCCAGAAGACAGAGGCUGACAUCCUCAGCAUCGUCUCCAAGGCCGAGGAGUUUGAACAGGUCAAGGUGCGUGAUGAGGAGAUGGAGGAACUAGAGCAGAUGCUGUGUAACUACUGUGAGCUGCCUGCUGCAGGCGGAGUGGAGAACGGAUGCAAGUCAAACAUCCUACUGCAGACCUACAUCGGCCGGGGAGAGGUGGACAGCUUCUCCCUCAUCUCAGAUCUGUCCUACGUAGCACAGAACGCAGCUCGUAUCGUCAGGGCUCUGUUUGAGAUUGCUCUGAGGAAGCGCUGGCCUGCCAUGACCUACCGCCUGCUCAACCUGUGUAAAGUGAUAGACAAGCGUCUGUGGGGCUUCGCUCACCCCCUGAGACAGUUCUCCAUCCUGCCUCACAACGUGCUGGCCCGUCUGGAGGAGAAGAAACUCACUGUGGACAAACUGAAAGAUAUGCAGAAGGACGAGAUAGGUCACAUGCUCCACCACGUGAACAUCGGGUUGAAGGUGAAGCAGUGUGUCCACCAGAUCCCUUCCAUACUGAUGGAGGCCACCAUCCAACCAAUCACACGCACCGUGCUCAGGGUCCGCCUCCAGAUCACCCCCGACUUCCAGUGGCACGACCAGUGUCAUGGUUCAGUGGGUGAGCCCUGGUGGCUGUGGGUGGAGGACCCCAUCAACAAUCACAUCUACCAUUCAGAGUACCUGCUCCUACAGAAGAAACAGGUGGUGAGUGGGGAGCCCCAACAGGUGGUGUUCACCAUCCCUAUCUUUGAGCCCAUGCCUUCCCAGUACUACAUCAGAGCUGUGUCAGACCGCUGGCUGGGCUCAGAGGCUGUCUGCAUUAUCAACUUCCAACACCUCAUCCUGCCUGAGAGACAUCCCCCACAUACUGAGCUGCUGGACCUGCAGCCGUUACCCAUCACCGCCCUGGGGAACCCGGAGUACGAGAUUCUGUUCAAGUUCACCCACUUCAAUCCCAUCCAGACACAGAUCUUCCACACGCUCUACCACACCGACACCAACGUCCUGCUGGGGGCGCCAACGGGCUCCGGUAAAACCAUCGCAGCMGAGUUGGCCAUGUUCCGAGUCUUCAUCCAAUACCCUACCUCCAAGGUCUGUGGUGCCCCUCUGAAAGCUCUGGUCAGGGAGAGGAUUGAGGACUGGAAGAUCAGGAUAGARGAAAAGCUGGGGAAGAAGGUCGUGGAGCUGACAGGUGAUGUGACUCCAGACAUGCGGGCCAUCGCUGCGGCCGACCUGAUCGUGACCACGCCGGAGAAGUGGGACGGCGUGAGUCGCUCCUGGCAGAACCGCAGCUACGUCCAGAAAGUAGCCAUCCUCAUCAUCGAUGAGAUCCACCUGCUAGGGGAGGACAGAGGUCCUGUGCUGGAGGUCAUAGUGUCCAGGACCAACUUCAUCUCCUCCCACACCAACAAGACUGUCCGCGUGGUGGGCCUGUCCACGGCCCUGGCCAACGCACGAGACCUCGCCGACUGGCUAGGGAUUGGACAGGUGAGUGGUUUGUUUAACUUCCGGCCCUCUGUGCGUCCCGUCCCAUUGGAGGUUCACAUCCACGGCUUCCCAGGACAGCACUACUGCCCCCGCAUGGCCAGCAUGAACAAGCCUGUGUUCCAAGCGAUUCGCAGUCACUCUCCAGCCAAGCCUGUUCUGAUCUUUGUGUCGUCGCGGCGACAGACUCGUCUGACAGCUCUAGACCUGAUAGCCUUCCUGGCCACCGAGGACGACCCCAAACAGUGGCUGCACCAGGACGAGACUCAGAUGACAGACAUCAUCGCCACGGUGAGGGAGUCCAACCUGAAGCUGAUGGCGUUUGGUAUCGGCAUGCACCACGCUGGACUACACGAGAGAGACAGGAAGACUGUGGAGGAACUGUUUGUCAACUGCAAGAUUCCAGGUAGGACCCUGAUAGGUCCAGGUGGACCUGAAGGUCAGUUGUUCCAUUUUGACUGUGGUUACUGUAGUUGUGUUGUGGUCUCUCCAGACGUGCUGCAGAUGAUGGGCCGUGCAGGCCGCCCUCAGUAUGACGACCAGGGCAAAGCUGUGAUCCUGGUUCACGACAUCAAGAAAGACUUCUACAAGAAGUUCCUCUACGAACCCUUCCCUGUUGAGUCCAGUCUCCUGGGUGUGCUGUCAGACCAUCUGAAUGCUGAGAUCGCUGCAGGGACCAUCACCUCUAAACAGGAUGCUAUGGACUAUAUCACCUGGACGUAUUUCUUCCGCAGGCUGGUCAUGAACCCCAGUUACUACAGCCUGGAUGACAUCAGCCACGAGACCAUCAACAAGUACCUGUCCAACCUGGUGGAAAGGAGUCUCCGAGACCUAAUGAAGCGCAGAGAGCUACUGGCCGUCAAACGCAUCGGAUACUGCCGACACCGCAGCACCGUUUCCCUGGCCUUCUACACCCCCGAGAAGACCGGAAAGUGUAUCUACACGCUAUACUUGAUGAGUGACAGUUACCUGGGUCUGGACCAGCAGUAUGACCUCCACCUCAAUGUGACCCCUGCCUGCAUCGCUGCCCAGGUCAACAGUGAAGUCACUGAGGCCAUGGGAGGCAUGUCCGUCAAGUGAUACGUCAACAUGAUGACGUCAUCAUGAGUGACAUGAUGACAAUGACCGAAAUGAGCAUAUAAAAAUUACAAAAGACAAUGGCCAUGAGCGUCUUUAGAGGCCAAUGUUCGAUAUGUUUACACUGAUGAUGUGAUGGUUGUGAUUGUGUGACUGGAGGUUAGCCUUAAAGCAGGGAUGUCAAGCACAUUCCAUGGAGGGCCUAGUGUGUAUGGGUUUUUGGUUUUUCCUUUCAAUUAAGACCUUGACAACCAGGUGAAGGGAGUUCCUUACUAAUUAGUGGCCUUAACUUAUCAAUCAAGGACAAGGGAUGAGCCAAAAACCCUCAGCCACUCUGCCUUCUGUGGAAUGAGUUUGACACAUGUGCCUUAAAGGGUCCCAUGCCUGUCUGGUAAUAUAAAGGGAGGGAAUGAGGAUACAGGGUUAAGGAACUAGGGAGAGUCUGGUUCAUGGGCUAUGAGAAACUGUUUGGCCUAAUGGGACCCUGUACAAUGAUCGGUCAGUCAAUAGAAAUACUCAUGAAAGACGGGGCUGUCAAGUUACCUCAUCAACAUUGUGUAAUACAAUGAAUACCUAUUUUGUUGCAGUAUAUCAUAUCAUUCCCCAGUCAUAUUAUGUAAAUUAUAUUUCCAAGCAUUGGCCUACUAUCUAAAACUCCCCAAAUCCACCA